CGGUCAUUCUUUGUGUCUUAGCCUAUAUAGUGUCUUUCACUUAGAGAAUCAAAGUACUGAAAAAUAAAUACUUCUAAAUAAUCACAUUAUUAAGAGAAUUAUAAAAUAGAGGUCGUUCGAGGGGACUUGAAAAUUCAACGCGGAACUAAAACUCUUUCACAGUUUCUUCAGUGGCGCCACAGUGAAACACACAGGAAAUGCUAACAGAGCACAGAGAAGGCGUCAGCGUUCCUUGUGUUAGAAUACGGGUUUGAUGUUUUAGGUAAAUAUUCGAGUGUUUGCAGUAAAAAUGUCUUCAGUUCAGCGUCAGAGAGAGUUUAUCAACGAGCCGUUAACUGCUGCUGAAGAAACAUUCACAGAGUUUAAAGAAAUCAUCGUCAAGUCCGAGGAAGAGAUGGAUGAUCAGCGCAGACUGCUGGAUUUCUCCCGGACUCCCCUGAUUAUCUUAGACCGAGUUGGUAUGAAACAGCCUCGCCUUUUACUGAUUGGACAAGUUAAAGAAAAUUGUUUUGGCACCGACGCUAAACUCGGCAUCGUAUUUAAAGGGCUGUUGCACCAAAUUAUAUGACUGGAAUAACAAAUAGGCUCCAGCUGAAUAUAAAAUACUUUAAAUCAUCAACCGUGACCUGAACUACUUACUGUCCAUCUUAUAAUGUCAAAAUUACAAAAAUGUAUUCUAGUAGAAAUUUUAAAAAAACCCACAUCAACAUUUAACUUGAGUCAAAAUCUUCCACAAGACUGUGUGAAUGAACUCGCUGAAUCUGGAGUGAUUACUGAACUCAACACCCAGGAUGAGAACUUGACUUUAAAUGAAGUAAAACUUGAAUCUGUGGAGAUAAAACAGGAGCAAAAAGAGCCAGAACAUCUACUGAUAAAGUGUGAGCAAGAGGAACUGGAACAUCUACAGAUAAAACAGGAACAAGAAGAUUCAGAACAUCUCCACAUAAAACCAGAACAAGAGGAACCAGAACAACAGCAGUUUAAAGAUGAAGAGGAUCAACGCUGCAUCACUCAGUACGAAGAGCAGUUUGUGAUUAAACAGGAGACUGGAGACAUUUUGGUGACUCCUCUUAACGUGCAAAUAAUCAACAAUGAAACAGAAUCAAACAGGAACCAACUUGUCUCUCAUGCUUCUCCUGAAGAUAACCAUUAUCAGGAAGGAAACAAUUCUGAAGACCCAGGAGAAAAGAGAGAAAAAGAGCAGAAGCAAAACAAGAGAUGUCAGAAAACCAAAGGGCAAAAAGUAACUUCUGAGGGUUUAAAACAUACCCACAAGAAAACUCACAGGGAACUAUAUAUAUAUUCCUGUAAAAUUUGUGACAAAGCCUUUACUCGAAAAGGUCACUUGACAAUGCAUAUGAUGAUUCAUACUGGUGAGAAGCCAUUCCCAUGUUUGAUGUGCGGAAAGAGUUUUAGGGAAAGUAGGGUUUUAACUUCUCACGAGAGAACUCAUACAGGAGAGAGGCCAUUCUCGUGUAAAAGCUGUGAAAAAACAUUCAUUUAUAAAACUAAUUUAACUACUCACAUGAAAACUCACACAGAAGAGAAGCCGUUCACAUGUGUGACCUGCCAAAAACGUUUCAGAAGCAGGUCUUGUUUAACUUCUCAUAUUAGGAUUCAUACAGGUGAGAAGCCUUUCUCGUGUAUGACUUGUGGAAAAAAAUUCACUCAAAAAGGUCACAUGACUAAUCACAUGAGAGGUCACACAGGUGAAAAGCCUUUCACAUGUAUGACUUGUGGAAAGGGUUUUAAUGACAGAAAUAGUUUAACUUCUCACAUGAGAAUUCACACAGGCGAGAGGCCUUUCUCAUGUGAAAUUUGUGGAAAAAGUUUCAUUACAAAAAACAGUUUAACUUGUCACAUGAGGAUUCAUACAGGUGUGAAGCCUUUCACAUGCGAGUGCUGUGAAAAAAGGUUCAUCACUAAAACCAAUUUAGCUCAACACAUGAGAACGCACACAGGUGAGAAACCUUUCUCAUGUGAAAUUUGUGGAAAACAGUCUCCUACAAAAGAUGGAUUAACUUCUCACGCAAGAACUCAUACAGGCAAGGAGCCUUUCGAAUGUGGGACCUGUGGAAAAAAUUGCAGAUAUAAAUCUGUUUUAACUUAUCACAUGAGGACUCAUACAGGUGAGAAACCUUUUUCCUGUGGGAUCUGUGGAAAAGGUCUGUCUACCAAAAAUAGUUUAAAUUCUCACUUGAAAAGUCAUACAGGUGAGAAACCUUUCCUUUGUGGGACCUGUGGAAAGAGUUACAAGACUAAAAGGAGUUUACGUGUUCACACGGGGAAUCACAGAUGAGAUGUUUUAAAGUGAACAAGUUCCUCUGUAACUUUCCUUUUAAUGUAAAUACAGUGACAUUAAAAAAGACUUGUAAUUAAAGAUACUUAAAUGUAUGCAAAUUUAACAUUUUAUAAAUUUAAAAUUUUAUAUUUAUUUCUGAUUUUGGAAGGAUGACUGAUAUAUUUUACAUUUUUUGUUGAAAUAUCUUUACUGACAUAUUUGUUAAAGCUAAACAAACUGGUUGUUGUUCUACCUAUGUCUUUUUCAUCAGUUACACAGUUUGAGAAGGUUUUUAGUUUUUAGGAUGUUUGAAAAUAUUUUGAUAUAGAUUCAACUUCUGUUAUGAAAGUGACUGUCAGUGAAACUAUUUUUAAGUCUCUUGUAAUAAAGUCAGUUUACCAUGAU